GAAGCUGUGAUAGGUACUAUCCCGUCAGACCCUCACCAGUCACUCUGGUUAUUACCGACGCCUAUUCUGACAUUUCUUUCUGACACCUGCUGUUCUUUUCUUGCGCAUUGACAUGACGAUAUUGAGGCCUUGAGCUGAGGAAUCAGACCAUAUCGUACGUUUGUAUCUGACGGUGUCUCACUUUAUGAUUGAGCCUUGAAACAUUCGUGUCCGGUAGCCUUGUACAAAAAUCGUCCCACGCCCACCAGAACGAGUGCCUGCUUCUCCCUCAAGAACGAUGGCAGAAUUCAAGGACUACAAGGACGAAUUGUCUCCGAGAGACAGCCGGAGCGUCGACGAUGUAGAAAUUCGGGAGCGGGACGAGGACUAUGAGGAUGACCAAGGAGAGCGACUUUUGGCUGAAGAUUAUAUCGAGGCUGCGGGAGAUGUGGAAUAUAAGGUCGAAUGGCAUCUGCGGACAGGAUGGGCAAUUGCAGGGUCCAUAUUCGCAGCACUUCUUGUCUUUGUGGGUUUGGUCUUGUUCACCAAAUUCGUGAUUGUCAAGGACAAAACCAAUGUGGAGGAGGCGGUUGGCAUUGGCAGUUUUCGCAGACCUGCGAGUGACUAUGUUUUGGACCCUUCAUGGAACUUCAAUGCCGCUCCAAAAGUCCGAGAAUACAAGUGGACGAUUGUGGAUAUUGUCGGAAACCCAGACGGUGUCUUUCGAGAGAUGAUAACCAUCAAUGGACAAUUUCCAGGCCCGAUGAUCGAAUGCAACGAGGGCGAUACGAUUGUGGUUGAAGUGGAAAAUCAGAGUAUCAAUGCGACGUCAAUACAUUUUCAUGGUUUAUACCAGAACGGUACAAACUACAUGGACGGCACGUCCGGCAUCACCCAAUGUCCUAUUGCACCAGGGAGGAAAUUCAAAUACGAAUUUACCAUCUCCGGACAAUCUGGCACUUACUACUAUCAUGGACACCAAGCGGUUCAAGCUUCGGACGGUCUUUACGGACCCCUUGUGGUACAUGGCCGCGAAGAGAAGAAGUUGCAGAAAAUCUCCUACGCCUCUGACCGAGUCGUGAUGUUGCAAGACUAUUAUCACGAUCUUAGCAGCGGUCUUCUCAUCACUUCUCUCGAACCAGGAAGUGAAGCGUCUCCAAUACCAAAUGGAGCCCUGAUCAAUGGACUGAACAAGCGUGACUGCUCAGUUCUUCCUGAUCGAAUGUGCGACAAUACCACUGCUGUUAUUCCUUCCUUCGACAUCGCAGCGAAUGCGAACCAUCGCCUGAGAUUUGUCAAUGUUGGAGCAUUCGCAUGGUUCCAAGUCUCGGUGGACGAACAUGAAUUUGCCAUCACGGAAGCGGAUGGCACGGAUCUCGUGCCUACCUAUGACAACAGGAUGAUGAUCAGUCCAGCACAAAGAUACAGCAUCGUCCUUCACGCCAAUACAACUUCGGCUGAUUCUUUCUGGCUUCGUGCAAGAAUGGUCACUCAUUGCUGGAAGGAUCCCGACCUACCAGCACAUGGCGCCGCUGAGGUGAAGGCCAUCCUGCAAUACACCGCAGAUGCUAAGUCUAGAAACACCUUGACCGUACAACCGACUUCGCAACCCUGGAGUAGAGGUAUGGAGGUCCAAUGUAAAGAUAUGAACACAACCUCCUAUGUUCCUGCUUCCUACGAGCCUGCACCCGCGAUAGCCGAUCAUAGCUACUAUAUCAGAUCCAACCUCGAGAUCGGAGAUUGGAGGCUUGAAAGAGGGUUCUUCAACACAUCAACUUUCCGGCCGAACCUCCAGCAACCUACUCUUCACCGCACGAUUGAUGGACUAGUUAGUCAGAACGAAACAUUCAACACUAUGAGAAGCACAGAUGGAGUUAACUCCAAAUGUUAUGACCUCAAGAAUGAUUUCGUUAUUCAACACUCUGGAAUCAAGGUCGUCGAUCUCGUCAUUCAGAAUUUCGAUGAAGGGAACCACCCAAUGCAUCUGCAUGGCCAUAAGUUCUGGGUCCUCGGACAAGGCCAUGGCAUGUUCCCAGGAUAUGAUACAUUGGGAUUAAAGCCAGAAGGUAAAGGUGUCCUCGAAGGCCAUGGAGGAGCACUCGACAAUCUGAUAAGAAGAGAUGUCGCGACAGCCGAAGGCUUUGGUUGGCUUGUACUGCGGUUUGUCGCCGACAAUCCAGGCGUCUGGGCAUUUCAUUGCCAUAUGGCAUGGCAUUCCGAAGCUGGAUUGGUGAUGCAGUUUGUGAGCCGGGUGGACGAGCUGGCAGAUUGGAAGAUUCCAGAAGAAAACCAAAAGCUAUGUGAAGCGCCAGUGGAAGAUCUCGAGAAGGGCGCUGCGCCAAAAGAUUCAAUCUGGUUUGGAUUUGGUAUUGGCGACUGAAAGGUGUUUGGAAGAUGAGUGACUCCUCGUCGAAGAUAUUGGAUGUGGCAUCAGCCACGGACGAACUCGGAUCUUCAAAAAUUCCGCUUCCACACAUCACCAGCAUCGGAACACCGGCCAAACUCCAGGCAGUGCUGUUCAGCCUUGAGCAGAUGGCAAAAAUGACGUAUUUGACGGCGAGUCCGUAUUAUCUACACCGUCGUUUCGAAUUAGACGAUGUGCAUGCAUCGAUUCGAGAUGGUGGUGUUGUGAAGGUUGGUGGCAA